GGUCCCCCCACCUUCGUCCUCUUCUCCCUCUCCUCCAGUUGGACCCCAUAACCCCACACAAAAGCCAUCCCCCCGCACAGCUCAGCUCAGACCACAGCCCUACUCUGUCUGUCCCUGUCUGUCCCUCUCUCUCUCUAAGGCAGCGGCAGAGAGGAGAGGAGAGAAGACGACUCGGAGACAUCAGUCAAUAGUAAGAGAAAGCCAAAGAAGAUCCCCCCGCACUACUAGUGGUAGCAGUUCGGAUUACAGUAAGCAAGGGGAAAAAAAAAAACAAAGCAAAAAAAAAAAAAAAACCAAGCUCCCCAAAAAGCAAAGCCCACCCACACACACACCCCAGCAUAGAUUUCUCUCUCCUCCGCUGUCUCUCUGUCUCUCUCUCUCUCUUUCUGUGUCUGUCUCCUCCGAUUCAUCAGUUGGAUUAAAUUGAAUUGAAUUUCAAUUCCAUUUCCAAUUUCAAGUUGCUGAGCUGAGGUUAGCUUUGUCGGAUGCUGUGCAAGAAGAAAUGGGGUCAUCUUGAAAGGAGGGCUCAGUUGGAAAAAGACCAAAAAUUUUUCCAUGGAAGUGAUGGAGCAGAGCAAUAAUAACGCCACCCCCACCAGUCAGACCAAUACAAACACCACCACUCCCGCUCACAAGCAAGAAUCCUCCUCCGCCGCCGCCGCCGCUGCUUCUCUCCAGUUGGUCCCCUUACAGGCCGAGCCGCCCCCGCCGCCGGGUCAUCAUGCCGGACAUGGCCCAUUCAUGGGCUCCAUCUCCUCCACCCCCAAGCAGCCCCACCACCAACACCAACCCCUCUCCGUCUCCGCCGCCAAUUCUUCCUCCGCCGUCGUCACCACCGCCACCAAGGCCAUCUCCAAGCGCCCCACUAAGGACCGCCACACCAAGGUCGAAGGGCGGGGCCGGCGGAUCCGCAUGCCCGCCCUGUGCGCUGCCCGCGUCUUUCAGCUCACCCGCGAGCUCGGCCACAAGUCCGACGGUGAGACCAUCGAGUGGCUCCUCCAGCAGGCCGAGCCCGCCAUCAUAGCAGCCACCGGCACCGGGACUAUCCCCGCCAAUUUCUCCAGCCUCAACGUCUCAAUCCGCAGCAGCGGGACCACGAUUUCCGCCCCGCCGUCCAAGUCAGCCCCCUUGUCCUUCCACGGCGGGCUGAGCCUCUACGGGGACGACACCGGCCGGAGGCUCUUCGGAGGCGGCAUGGCGGGGCUGCAGCACCAGCUAUACCCCACGGUUCUCGGGUCCGAUCCUGGUGGCGGGGACAAUUCAGGCGAGAGCUACAUCACCAAAACGUUCAGGGAAGAUCUCUUCAAGGAUUCCUCCCACCAGAGCAAUGAAGCCGCGGGCGGAGCCGGCUCUCCGGCAGCUAAGCAGGCACGGACGGGGGUCCAGGACCAGGAAUCAUCCGGUCAGGCUCGCCACGGCUCGGGCGUCCUACCGGCGGCUCCAGCCAUGUGGGCCGUGGCCCCUGCUGCGACCAACGGGGGCAACGCGUUCUGGAUGCUCCCGGUGGGGAGCGCAACCACGGCAGGCCCCGGGGUGGCGGCGGCGGCGGCGGCCGUACACGAGCCUGCAGCGCAGAUGUGGACGUUCCCGGCGGGAGGUGCGUCGGUGCAGAGGGUGAACUUCCCGGCGGGGGGAGGGGCCCGGUUCACGCCGGUCCAGCUGGGGUCGAUGAUAGUGCAGCAGCCGAUGGGGACGCAGCAGCUGGGGCUGGAGGGCGGUUUGGGAAUCAUGGGCGCCUCCAUAAACAGCGGAUACAGCAGCAACCCUAACCCCGGCGGCAGAGUGAACCUGGGCAUGAACUUGGAGCAUCAUCAUCAUCACCAUCAUCAGCAUCAGCAACAUCAACAUAAUAAGCAGCAGAACCAGACCGGGCAACAACACGGCGGUAGCGAAGAUGACGACGACGACGAAGACGAUGACCCGACAACAGAUUCAUAAAAAGUAAUUUUUAUUUAAUUUUCUCAUAAUUCCUCCCUCUCUCUCAGGUAAAUUGUCCAGGAAAAAAAUUAUAUAUAUAUAUAUAUAAUUCAAUUGCUUCCUCCUCUCAGUCUCACUUCACUUCACUUCACCUGCGCUGUCUUUGUUUGUGUAAUUUAUUUUGUGGUCUGUGAGCUUAGCUGUUAGGUUUUAGCGGUCAUUUUAUUUUUUUACCCUUUUUGGCAGUUUUCUUGGGGAUCAGGUAUUGCUUUUUUCAUGUUGGUGAGUUAAUGAUCAGAUGAAAAAGAGCAAAAUGGGAAUUAAUUGCUCUGAAAACUUUGUGCAGGCAGUUUCUCAUUUUUCUUUUUUCUGACAUAUUUGAGUCUGUUCGACUCUAAUCUCACGGUCCAUAUGAAUGCCUUGCAAAUGUAUGGAACGGCUUAAAUCGCAUUUUAUAGAUUAAUUAAGCCUGGCACGGGGUGAAAUUCCUUGUUGAAAUUCGUAAUGUAGCAGAGAUUAUUUUGCUGUUUUUAUUAUUAUUAUUAUUAUUAUUAUUA